UUGCAAAACAACUCUCGCAGCUGUCGCUUUUUUUUUUGAUGUCUCUCUGAGCACACCAGCCAUGAAUUCUAAGCAACUAGAGCUCGCCAAAAACCUGAGGACGUGGGCCGUCGACACCAUGCACUACCAAACCCUGAGAGAACAUCCGGAGGACCCCAUCCCCGGCAUUCAGGACUUCCAGAACCUCUGUCGAGGCAGCACAAUGGACAUCUGGGAAUUCAUCAUUCGCCAUGUCGCACCUGAAAGUUACGUCAAGGCAGAGAAGAGGCGGCUGAGCGCGGCCGAAAGGAAAGAGAGGGCCCGAAGCGAGCAGGCUGAGCUUUCGAGACUCUCCGACCGCAGCCGGUUCCUCGAGCUCGAACUCGAUUCGCGUCGUCGCGAGGCGGAGCAGGCCAGGAGCCGACUCUCGGGACUCUAUCGCGAGCUGGCCGAGGCGGAAAGGCAGAACGAAACGGUCAAGCAAGGCGUGGAGGAGCAGUGGACCAAGUCAGUUAUAUUGGAUGGAUUCUACGGGAAAUUUCGGCGAAAACUCGCGGUUUUUUCGGAGUAUCGACACGAGUUGGAGGUUCACGUGAGUCGCUUUCGGCGAGGGUUGGCGGAGGGGGUGUGUUUUGCGGAGAGGUUGGGCGAGGGUGUCGCGCUGGCGAGGGGGGUGUUGGAGGAGGAGGAGGGGUACAUUGUGGCGGGGUCGUUGAGUGUGGGCGUGGAGGGGUUGGUGGGCGAGUUUGAGAGGGCGCCGGUCGAGUGGAGGGCUAGUUUGGUUAGGUUGGUGGAGGAUGAGGUGUUAGGGUUGGAGAGCAAGAGGGUGUCGUUGUGCGAGCGAGUGGCAGAGAAGGGGACGAGGUUUCCGUUGGAGAUUGAGGAGUCGUUAUUGAGGUUUGAGGAGAGUCACGUUGGGUCUUUUAUAGAGGGUCAGAGAGCUGAGAACGAGUACGAGGCCGUUAGGAGGAGGGUUGAGCAGGUGUUGGAGAUGAGGGGUGCGAGUCGAGGUUUACAUGAGGAGGGGUUGGGCGAGAUGUUUGGAGAUGGUCAGAUGAAUUUGGUGAGUCGAUUGCAGGAGUUGGAGCGCGAGUUGGAAGCAGAACAGGCGGAGGCGGAGGUCUCGAAGAAGGCGAUUCUUUGUUUGAUAGAUCAGAAAUCGAGGUUGGAGAGAGAGGCGAGUGCGUUGAAGAGAGAGAAGCAGCGAUUGAGACAGCUUCGCGCGGAGAAUCAGGCGUGUUGGUCGCGCAUUGUCAGGCGGGUAAUACAGAGAAUGGGCUUUCCGACUGAGUUUGAGAGUCGAGCGAGAAGUGUCAGAAAUUUUUGCAGGAAUCAUUUGACAGGUUUUUGGUACGAAUGUGACAUGGGAGAGGCCGAGAGGUCCGUGAGGGCAGAGCUGGAGUUGUUUAAAGAGCUGAGACUCUGGCCCGAGUCGAGCGACAUGGACGACAUUUUGGUGCGGGUGCUGGAGGAAUUGGAGCUGCCGCCGUGCAAAGGACCGGGAGGCGUGGUGGACAAGGUAGCGGAGGUGCUGUGCGAGUUGGCGAGGGCAGAGACGGAGGCAAAAUUGAAUCGCUGCGAAGGCGAAGAAUACGUCCAAGGCGUGGAGGAUCGCCCAACUGACGGCAGGGAUGAGGACGCUUCGUGUUCUGCUUUGUGCGCCAAAUUGGAAGAGAACAUCGACGCAGCCCGCAACAGAGAAGAAAUAUGCACUCUCGUCAAAGAAGCGUGCGACGCGCUCUGGUCGCAGAGAGCGCAGGACUUCGCACCGUGGGUGAGAGUCGACGGAAAAACGCUGGAAGAAUGGAAGGCAGAUUUGUGUGCAUAUGGUCGCGGCGGCUAGUCAAUAAAAAAUUUUUGGUACAACACUUGAAAAAAAGUGUGCGAAUUGACUGCGCAAACACGGAGCGACCCUUUGCGCAAGUGCGGCGAAUUAGCAGCAACAAAAAACUCCUGGUACAACGUUUGAUUUAGUGUACGAUAACCAGACUAUGCAAACACGGGGCGACCCUUUGCACAAGCGCGGCGGAUAGUCAAUAAAAAAAAAUUUUUUGGUACAACACUUGAAAAAAA